CGGCAUGUAAGACACUAGCCAAGUGGCACUUUUGCCACAGGAACAGCUUGUAGCGCUGCACUUAGCAAGCGCUGAAGCUGUCCGAGCCAUAAAAACCUAUUUUGCGCGGACACACCACACUGCUGCUACAUAACUAGCCGAUCGGGACAGCCACAACCCCGUGCUCUCACAGCCAGGUACACGGCCCACAGAGAGCGCUGCGCUGAAGGGGUAACCAUGCGCCUCCACGCCGCCGCGGCGCUGGCCCUCGCAGCAACCUGCGCCGACGCCGCGGGCAUCACCGAGGUCACGACGCGCACCUUCGAGGCGGAAACGAGCAAGGGCGACCCUUUGCUCCUCGUCUUUUAUGCACCGUGGUGCGGCCACUGCCGACGACUGGAGCCGACGCUCCACCAGCUCGCCGCGAGUGCUGGAGACGCCUACUCGAUCGCGAAGGUCGACGGCACGGCCCAUCGCGUGCUGACGCAGCGGUUUGGAGUGCGAGGCUUUCCCUCCUUAUUUUACGUGCGGAGCAAGCAGCAGGUGUUGCUGUACGAGGGUAGUCGCGGUUUUGCUGAAUUAGAUGAAUGGCUCAGGAGAGGCUACACGCAGUCGCCGCGGCUCUCUUUACUGAAAUCGCCCUUCGGCCCGAUAGGCCGCGCGAAGGGCUGGUGUUCUGCUGCUGGGUUGGCAGCUUUAGACGUCUAUGAAGCGUUAUCGGAGAAGAUCGGGAGCUGGGCGGCAGCCGCGGCGGUCGUCGUGCUCGGGCUGGUCUUGAUGGUCCUCGUAUUCGUUGGGCCGCUGCUGUACCUCGCAUAGCUGUGCCGCGGCGGCGGGGGCGGCUAGUGUUAUAAUUCAAGUGAGAUCUA